AGAUCCCUCACUCAACUGAGACUAAUGUUGAACGUGGAGAGGAACAGAUGGGCAGUGCUGUGAAAGCAACAGGAGGAAGAGGGUCAGUCCUGAAGUGUUCUUCCUUCUGACCGUCCGUACACAUGGGGAACAAUAGCAGCUCCACAGUGGAUGACCUGCAGACUAUUGAGAUCCAUCACUGGUACAAAAAGUUCAUGACGGAGUGUCCUUCUGGACAGCUGACUGAGCAUGAAUUUAAACAGUUCUUUGGGCUUCGAGGGCUGGAUCCAGAGGCCAAUGAGUACAUUGAGCAGAUGUUCCGCACAUUUGAUAUGAAUAAGGAUGGCUACAUUGACUUCAUGGAAUAUGUGGCUGCCCUCAGCCUCGUUCUCCGUGGGAAGAUGGAACAGAAAUUGCGAUGGUAUUUCAAACUCUAUGAUGUGGAUGGCAAUGGCUGCAUUGAUCGACAUGAAUUGCUCAACAUCAUUAAGGCUAUUCGAGCUAUCAAUGGUGGUGACCAUGAAACCAGUGCAGAAGAGUUCACCAAUCGAGUCUUUAACAAAAUUGAUGUGAAUGGAGAUGGUGAACUUUCUCUGGAUGAAUUUGUGGAAGGAGCUAGGAAAGAUGAGGAGUUCAUGGAGGUUAUGAUGAAAAGUUUGGACCUGUCCCACAUUGUGGCCAUGAUCAACAACCGCCGGCACAGUGUAUAAAUCAAGUCAGGAGAAAACGGUGUGCCAAUAGACAGAAGAAUGUGCACACACAAAAAAGAAAGGACAGUGUUCUUAAAAACAAAUAAAUUUUCCAAAAACUCAUAUAUGAAAGUAGGAACAGAAAGAUAUUAGUGCAUAUGUGUAUCUGAAUCUGCGUUCCAGUACAAAUGCUGA